AUGUCGCUCACGACCUCAUACAACCAAGCUCGGAAUGCUGCAGCGCCUAGUAGCUCGCAGGUGAUCCAGACAUCCUCCGACCAAAAGAUCGUCAGAUCCGGCAACCACGAGGUCAACGACAUGAUCACCGCUGGUCCUAGCAACGAAGACUUCGCUCGACUUUCCCGGGCGGAUGCAGUCGUCGCAAACACAUUGAGGGAGGACGAAGUGUACCCAGAUCUAGUGGAGUGGCUAGGCAACCCCCAGACACAUGCCAGGCUGUAUGCUGCUCCUCCAUGGGCGCCUGUCACAAACAGGAGAGUGUUGCCCAUUCCUGACGAAGUCAUCGAGGCUAUCAGCUGUGAGUUUUCGCCGCAGGUUGCGAGUACUCGCCAAGAGAGUAGCAAAUGCGAGCUUGGGCUGUCAUGGCUGCUUUCUCGUGAGGCUGACUCGUAAAUGCGCCUCGCGUGUCAGCUCCACAAUCCCGAGCUGCCCAGGGGUUAUUUCCCUCAAUCUCGAGAGCUUGGAUCAUCAUCGACACUCGCUUGUACUUGUGGAGCUACAGUGAUGGCGGUAGCGGCGCAUUCGAAUCCUUUGAGCAUCCAGACAGCGUAAUUCAAUCUGUUGGUCUCGCUCGGCCGAAGCCAGGCGUCUUCAUCGAUUCCAUCUCGCACCUUCUUGUCGUUGCGUCAACUUCCUCUAUCAUGCUGCUUGGCAUCUCCUUCGAGUCUAGCACGGCUUCGGCAACCGGGGAGAACGGUGCCAGUGGCUCCAGUAACCCUCCUGAAAGUCUCAAGCUCUACAUGACCGCAAUACAGGCCAACACGGAGGGCGUAACGCUGGCCAACAUCCGGGGCACCGAUGACGGCCGCAUCUUCGCAGCAGGUUCAGACAACAACCUUUAUGAAAUCUCGUACACCUCCGCUGAGGGGUGGUGGUCCUCAAAAUGCUGGAUCACCAACCUGACCCAAAAGCGUUUUGCGAAUCUACUUCCAACCAUCUUUGGUAGCCCUGCACAGCGUGAGUCUUUGGAAACCGAGCGCAAGUGUGCAUGCCCUCGAAGAGUGUCCACUGAUUCUUCUCGAGUGCAACAGAGGGGAUCUCUGCGGUAGAAGUGGAUAGCAGCAGGGGAUUGAUAUGGGUACUGUGGGCUAAACGGGAAAUCGAACUUUGGUGCAUGUCGCCAGGCGUGGCGCCGCGAUCCAUUGCUCGCUCUACUGAGGUAGCCAAGUCCAUCAGCACUUUCCUUCCGAACGCUUCCCUCUGGGGUCCACCAGGAGACUUCUACAUCGAGUGGAUUGGCGCAGUGCCAGCUAAGGAAAGCAAGACUGCCCAUCUCGUCGCUAUCACCAACAGAGGUGUCAGACUCUUUUUCAGCGCUUUCCAUUCUUUCGGAUCCAGGCCCGAAACGGUGCGCCUGAUGUUCUGCAGACUGCCUCCUCAAGCUGGACAACUGUCUGAGCCCGUUAGUCAGCAACGCGCCGGAGAGCAUGCAAGAACCGCCCCUCAGGGCUUCCAGGCGUACCACGGUCAUCAUGCGUAUGGCUUGACCCUCAUGUCUGGCAAGAAUCCUGAAGAUCCCACCGGCGCUACCGAUCUGCUGUUGGGCGUGACGAGGCCAGCCGCAUGGAAGACGUUUAGCGCACCGGUCGCCCCAGCCACCUACUCCCAAACUGGUCCUCACAACGCAUCGCAGAAUGACACAGAUUCUGCGACGUUUGUGCUCAUACGGGGUGCCACGUGGGAUAUUCAGGAGGUUGUCAAUGCUUCUACUGCCACAGCGAUCUCAGCGGCCAAUGCAGUGUCGCCUUUGGUGGCGCAAUUCAUCUUGCCGCCGCGCAUCGUCCUGGUGCUCACUAACUCCGGCAUCAACGUCAUCACGGAGGUGCGCCCUAUGGACACCUUGUGCAGCAUUCUGGAGGGCUCAACGGGAGUUGAUGCAUCAUUGCUGCACUUCAUUGAACUGUGAGUGCCGGGAGCGGAGACCAUCUGCGUGCCCCUCUGUUGUGUUGACCCGAUUUGCGCGACUCUAUUUUCUCAGCUGGGGCGCCAAUCAGACCUGUGCCAUGGCGCUAGCUGUUGCAACCCGCAACUCUCAAUUACUGCUUGCGCCGGAAACCUUGCUUGCUGGAACCAAGGGAGGUGUUCAGCAGGCUGAGACGCGCAUGCUGGGUGCGGAAGUGGUCUCGUCCGCGUGGCGGACCUAUUUCGACUUUGGAGGAUCUCCCCGAUACGAGCCGCCGCCUCGACCGAGCAUGUCGCCCUCAGACGGUCACACGUUCUACAGUGCCAAGUACCACGGCUUGACUAUUUACCUGGCACGACUUGUACGUUCGUUCUGGACGAAGAAUGUGACUCAGAGGACGGUUGUACCGGGCGAAGGAGAGCGCCAGCAAGCAGCUAUUGGCAGUGCCACGCUCUCAGCAGCCCAAAAGGAUUUACGAUCCCUGCAGACUUUCUUGACUCAGAAUGCCCAGCUCUUCGGGAUUGGAUCCAAUGCGCGAGGCAAAGCUGGAGCAGGCGCCAAUGAUGUCAACCAGAUCGCUUUUCAACAGGAGCAAGAAGCGUUCGAUGCGCUUCGACAACUGCUUGCGCGGACCAUUGAGGCGAUAUCCUUCGUCUUAUUGCUGAUCGACUAUCGUCUGCCAUCGAUCGUAUCGCGAUGCAAACCAGAAUCGCAAACGAAGCUGUCGCAGCUGACAUUCUCCGGUCUUGUCACCACAUCAGAUGGGAGCGAAGUGGCUAGGAACCUUGUCGAAGCGGUCAUCGAUUCUCAAAUGGCUGCUCAAGUCAGCAUCGACGCAGUGGCGGAAGUGUUGCAAGAGCGGUGCGGAGGCUUUUGCAACGCCGAUGACGUACGACUCUAUAAAGCGCUGGAAAGCCUGAGAAAGGCGCGAGAAGCGCAGAACGAUGGUCAAAAGCAAGAUUUGCUUCGCGAAAGCGCACGAUUGCUCAACCGCGCUUCCGCGCAUUUGCCUUUCGAGAAGCUGGAGACUAUAUGCAAGGACUACCGCGAACUUGGGUUCGACAGUGGCGCAAUCGAACUUCCUCUCAGGUGCGCCGCACAGUGGGACAUCAAUGGAGCGGCUUUGUCCUAUCGCAACGAUGGCAUGCCGGCUGGCGACGUCUCCCGUCAGCAAGUCUUCGAAGGGAGCAUGAAGUGCUACACCCUCGUCAUUGCCGCGCUCGAGGCUCUAGAUGCUCAAGUAGCGCAAGUACACCAAAGCGCAGAUCCUGCUGUUCAAUCCACAUGUGAGUCAUGCUGUGGCUCAUCUUGGCGUGUCAACGACAAUGCUCAUGUACACCUGCCUGCGUGCUCAUCGCCAUCAAGUGAGGUCGUUGGAGAUCCGACGAAAAGACGCGUAUCUGCAAGCCGAAGGUGCUUCCGACGUCCUGUUCCACGACGCCCUGUACGACUGGCUACUUUCGCGCGGAAAGACAGACGAGCUGCUCCGCAUGCGAACGCCAUACAUCGAGGAAUAUCUGCGUUCGGAGCCCGUCACUUUGCAGAGGUGUCUGUUAUUGUGCGACUGGUACACGAACGUUGGGCAAAAUUACGCUGCGGCCCAGGUGUACGCCGGUCUAGCGUCAUCCACAGAGUGAGUCGUCCAGCUCAUGCGCCCCAAAGCUUCUCGUGCUCAUCCUGUCGCCCCCAAAGGCUCGAUCUGCGGCUUGAAGAUCGGGUAGAAUACCUCGCCAAAGCUUCCAGCCAUGCAAAGUCUUCUCAUGUGCACGGCAACGAUGUCGUGGAAUUCAUCACGAAUGUCGACGACUCGCUCGAGACUGCGCGCGUGCAGGUCGAGGUCUACUCCUUCACUCGAGACGCUCCAGAUGACUUUAUCGAGCCUUCAACCAAGCAAGAAAUAUUGCAAAUUUUGGACGCUGAGCUCUUGACUAUGUCAACAGUGAGUGGCGCACCGCCACUAGUGCUACGACAGGUUCGCAUCCUCCCUUCCGCUUCGAUGGAUGUUCUGACACUUGCCUUGCGCCCGCAGCUGUACAAGGCGUUCGCCCAGCCAUAUUCUAUGCACGAAGUGAAACUCAUGAUUUACGAAAUUUCGGAGCACGACGACCCCGCUCUAGUUGAGCAAGAAUGGAAUGAGCUCAUUCUCGAAGGUGAGCUCACAAGGCCUUGCCUUCAACGGUGAGGUACCUGCCUCCGAAUCUGAUCUGGCUUGGUUCUCUUGCUCAUAUGCGCAGCUGAGGAGAGUGCUGCGCCUGAGCAACGUUUCGAAAGGGUUGGUGUGCUCAUAGUUGAUCUAGGAAAACGCUUCAUCGGCUCUAGCAUCGCCUUUCCGAUCGGUGAGCCGUGCGAAGCACUUGAGGAUCUGUGUCGCCGUCCUCGCCCGGCCUUGCUGACUCAAUGUUGUCUUGGUGUGUAGACAUCCUGCUGGCUAGGCUACUGCGGUACGCGUUCGAGAACAGAGAGUCGCAAGAAAUACCUCUCGGCUGGGCUUCCUCGACGCUCAUUUUGGCAGGCGCUGCCCAAGAAGAGGUUUACGACGUCGAAGAUAGCCUCUUCGAGAUGAAGCGAGAGCCUUUCAACUCGGAUGCCGGGGUACAUUUCCUGCUCGCAGAAAUUGGCGCUUUGCUGACGAAUUGGCUGGACGACCUGUCUUCCGGCUAUGCCCGGAGUGGUUUCCCAGCCAAGAGAGUGGACGACUCUAUUGGCGUUUACCUUUCUGCGUUGAGCGGGCAGCAAGCUGCUUUGCCGCCUCGAUCGGCAUCUCACCUGCCUGAAAUUCAGGAGACCGUCAACGGAUUCAAGGCCCUGCACGAAAGAGUCCGAAGGACUUUCUGA